AUUUAUGUAAGUUGAGACAUUCAAGGAUUAACUCUACGCAAAAUUAAGAUUAAAAAGCUCACCUUAAAAUGAUAAAGCAUUAAUACUAUUAUAGUCCAUUGAAAACAAUCUUAACCAUGAAUAAAGAACAAAUCCUACCGCAUAUAUAGCUUAAUUGAUUAAUUUAUUGAAAUCUACAAAAGAAGGUUAAGAUGCCAUCAUUUUACUUAUUUAUAAAGUAAUACAUAAAAAUAUAGAAUUAAGAUAUUACCCUCAGUUCCUAUAGUUGUAGUUAGAAAGUUAAUUCCAGCUUUAUUAGAAGAAGUCAGCAAAGUAUAAUUAGAUAAUCUUAGUGUUGGUGUAUAUGGUUAAAUUUUGAUUCUAUCUGCCAAAGAAGUAUUUUAUAUCUACUAAUUAAGGACUUAAACUCAUCAUAACUUUAAUAACUCUUCAAUCUUUUAUUAUAAUAAACUAUAAGUGAUAAAAAAAAACUUAGAAAAUAAGCUGUCAAAACAUUGCAAACCUUUUAUCAAUAGAAAGCAUUAGAUAUUUAGUAGGCUCCUGAGAUAAAUGAAAAACUAAGAACUCAUUUGAAAGUAAAUCUAUCAGAGAAUAAUGAAUGUGCUUAACAUUCUCUGACACUUUUAGCAUCUCUAAACAAUCUCAUUCCUUAUUCAAUUUUAGUAGAUGCAUUAUAUGUAAUAAUUGAAGAGAUUUAAAAUAUGGAUAGCAAAUAUUAUCCAUUUAUAUUUCUAUCUUUAGAGGUAAAUAUAUUAUAAAAUAAAUUAUUUAGUAAGUUCUUCAAUAAAAUGUUGGAGCAGAUUAAGCUGAAAAAUUAAUUUAAUAGCUAAAUCAAUUACAACCAGAAGAAAUUAAUGCAUAACAUGCAUAUAUAUAGUGUAUUAGAUAGUGUUUGCUUACAUUAAGUUAAAGUAAUUUAUCUUUGGCAGCGUCUUAUUUACCAUCUAUUUUAUCUAAUAUGGCAGAAUUACUCUUACAAAAUAAUUAAAAAUUAAUGCAACAUUGUAGAUUAGAAAUGAUGACUUUAAUUGAAAAAAUUGGUAAAUCAACUCUCUCGCUUAAAUAAGAUUUGGCUGAAGAUAUAAUGAAUUUAGAAUUAGAAAGUGCAGGAACUUUGUAAUAAAAAUAUAUAGCCACAUUAACUUAUUUAUUUAGUAAUAGAUUUGAUCAUGCUAAUAUUCUUGAUGUAUUUGCUAAAUUCUUUGCAACAAUUGAUGAUAAAACAUUUGAUCAUUGUAAAGAAUUAGUCAAAGAAUUUGUUCAUAAUAAGUCUAGAUGGCCACAUGUAUAUUUUGAAAAGACUUUUGGAUAAUUAUGUAAUGGUGUAAGUAUGUCCCUAUUAUUACGUACAUUUCCUUUAAGAACAGAGGGAGUUAAUCCUUUAGAUAAAGAUUUUGAUGAGAAAUCUAAUUGUUGGAUCCUUUAUAUAUUGAGUAAAUAUGCAAAUCCAACAUUGGAAGAAUUUUUAGAUUUCCUAUUCCCAUUAACAAAUUUAUUAUCUUUAGCAUCAAAUGCUAAUCCUUCUCAUGAAUAAAAAAUUAUUCAAAAUAUUCUUUUCCAUGUAUUAGAAAUAGCUUCAAAUUCUAAAGCAAAGAAUGAAACUUAAAAUCAUCCAAAGUUAACUUAAUUUAUUGAAUUGACUUUAAAUUAUUUAAAAAAAGAGCAUGUAUUUUUUGAAAAGUUAUUACUAAUGAUAGCUAAACUAUUUUCAUAAUUAAUUACAUUUCCAUAAUUACAAAAUUUUUCAAAAUAAUAUAUUUCUACUUUAGCUAAAUUAGUUGAAUAGAAUAAUUGCACUCAUACAUUGAAUGCUAUUAAAGUAAUGAGUUUUGCAGCACCAAAAUAAUAUAUAUAAGAAGCUUUUAAGAAAAAUAUAGAAAAGUUGUUAUCUUCUAAAGAUAAAUUAGAUGAUAGAGCAUUAAACAAUAUGGAUAUUGUAUUGUAAGUUGUCAGUGCAUAAUAGAUGACUUCAGAUCUUUGGGAUUAUUGCAUAAAUUUUACGAAAGAAAUGAUAAAUAUUCCUAUAAUUUAGAAGAAGAUUUAUAAGUUCUUGGCUGCAAUAAUUCCAAAAGUUCAUCAUACCUUUUUAGCUGAAGCAUAUAAUUUAGUUUUAGAGGCAGAAUGUGAACCUAGUUCAAGGUAAAAAAGAUUUUAAGUAAUCUUAUAAUUGGAAUCAUUAGUGACUUCUAAAUUAGAGAGCUAUUAAACUUUUAUACAAUAAUUCUUACCUGAAAUGGUAGUUGCAAUCAGAGACAAUAAUAUUAAGACUCGUCUUUUAGCUGAAAAGUUAAUAGAAAAUAUUGGGUAAAGAUUAUAAGGAUUGGAUUUAUUAGAAUAAUUUAUUUCUAUGGUAUUUGCAGGAUUAGCAGCUUAAUCAAAUGUAAUGAAAGCUGAUGCUGUUGCAACAAUUUCAUUAUUAGUUGAUAAAUUUUACUCUAAUUUAAAAACUGAAUUUAUUGAUGAAAUGACAAAAUUAAUAUUACUCUUGUUAAAAGAAUAAAAUAAUGAAAUUUUUAAAUCUAUUAUAUUAUAUGUGAAAGUUUUAAUCAAACACAGACAUACAUUAAAUUAAUAACUUUUUAGUUAAUUAUUUAAUUUAGAUGAAGUAUCAAGAGACAAAAACAUAAUAAUUUUAAAAAGAUUAUUAAUGAAACUUAGUAAAGCUUAUUCUAUGACAGCUGAAAGUUUAAUUCCAUAAGAACAUAUUAAAUUAUUUAAAAAUGCAAUUAAAAUAGAAAAAUAAUAAAAAAAAAAGAAAAAUAAACGAGAUUAGGAGAGAGAAUUGAAUAAAUAAAAAUGGUAGUAAAAAAAAAAUAAAAAAUACAAAGAUUCUGAUUUUGAAAGUGAUGAUGAAGAGUCUGAUGAAUAAUAAGUAUAAAAAUAAUAAUAAGGUGGUAUGGAAACAGAAGUAGAAGUUGAAAAUAAUUUAUUGUUAAAAUAUGAUUUUAAAAAGGAAUAAUUUCAUUUUGAGGAUGCAAUAAAGUAAAAAAAGAAAGUAUAAGAAAAAGAAUAAUAAAAACAAUCAACAAUCUAACCAUUGGUAGAAUAUAAAGAUGGAAAGGUGAUAGUAAAUGAAUAAAAAGAAGUAUUGGGAUAAAAGCGUAGAAGAGAAGAAGUAAAUAGUGAUAAUGAAGAACAUGGUUAAAAGAAAAUAACAAGAAAUGAUAGAAAAACAAAGGAUGUUGUUCAUAUAAUAAAGGAAAGCGGUUCUACAUUUAAAUCGAAAUAAAAGGCUGGGGGUGAUGUAACAGUGAAAGGGAGACCUGAACCAUUUGCAUUUAUACAAUUAAAUCCAAAAGUAAACUUAAUUUAUAUAAUUAAUUAUAGGCUCUCAAUAAAAGAUUUAAGAAUUAAGCUAAUAAAGCAUUUGAAGAAGUAUUUUAAAAGAAAUCAGGUGCACUUAAAGGAGUAAAGGCACAUAAAUGAAAGUG